GUUUCUCUUCUCCCAACUUUCCCCAACCCUUCCACUCCAAAGAAGUUCCACUCACCACACACGUACGCACUCUCUCUCUCUCUCUCUCUCUCGAUCUGAAGCAUCGUUACUCCAACUCUGUCUUUCUCUCUCUAUGACCACACACUUUCCCGUCCCUUUCAUUUCGUUUUAACGAAAAAAAGAAAGAAAAAUGUUUGCUACUAUUUUUUCCUGGAUUUGGAUUGUUAUCAGAGAUUAGUCAUCUCAGAUACUCCCCUAAAUUUAGCCAAAUAUCUUGGAACCUCUCAUUUCCAGCUACCCAUUUCAUAGUAACAUAGAUUCACUGCAAAAAUUUUACUAAAUUUUACACCCAUUUAUGCUCCAAUCCAUUAUCUUUGUCUGUAUACCAGUUAAAUUACUUCAUACAUAGUAACACCCUUCUCUUUAAAUUGGAAAAAGUUCCAAUUUUUAUCCCCCAAAGAGUUUUUGUUAGGUUUCCCUACUUGGGUUUCGAGUUAGAGCUUUUACUUGUUUGAUUUUGUGCCACUUUGGUUUUUGUUGCAAUAUUCUGAUCUGGGAGUAUUUAUUAUUCGUUGAUUUGAGUGAGAAGUCAGCCUUGUGAUCUUAGCUUUCUGAUCUACUCUGGGUUGGGCUUUCUUUUGGACAUUUGAAGUGUUUUGAUGCUCUAUUGUUGAGAUGCAGCCUGAUCAGCGCAAAAAGGGAUCUGUUGAAGUAGACUUUUUCACAGAAUAUGGUGAAGGGAGCAGGUAUAAAAUAGAAGAAGUAAUUGGCAAAGGAAGCUACGGCGUUGUCUGCUCUGCUUUCGAUAACCAUCUUGGGGAUAAAGUAGCUAUCAAGAAGAUUAAUGAUAUUUUCGAACAUGUCUCUGACGCCACACGAAUUCUUCGGGAGAUUAAGCUUCUUAGACUCCUUCGCCAUCCAGACAUUGUGGAAAUUAAACAUAUCUUGUUGCCUCCUUCCAGAAGGGAAUUCAAAGACAUAUAUGUAGUUUUUGAACUCAUGGAAUCCGAUUUACAUCAGGUUAUCAAGGCAAAUGAUGAUUUGACCCCAGAACAUUAUCAGUUCUUUCUUUAUCAGCUUCUUCGAGGUCUAAAAUACAUACAUACAGCAAAUGUCUUCCACCGAGAUCUAAAACCAAAAAACAUCUUAGCAAAUGCUGAUUGCAAACUCAAGAUAUGUGACUUCGGUCUUGCAAGAGUAGCCUUUAAUGAUACCCCAACUGCCAUAUUUUGGACAGACUAUGUUGCAACAAGAUGGUAUAGGGCUCCUGAAUUGUGUGGAUCCUUCUUCUCCAAGUACACACCUGCAAUAGAUAUAUGGAGCAUUGGGUGCAUAUUUGCAGAACUUUUGACUGGAAAGCCUCUUUUUCCUGGGAAAAAUGUAGUCCAUCAAUUGGACUUGAUGACCGAUCUGUUGGGAACACCAUCUCCUGAAUCCAUUGCCAGGAUACGGAAUGAGAAAGCUCGUAGGUACUUAAGCAGCAUGCGAAAAAAAAGACCCAUUCCUUUGUCCCAAAAGUUCCCAAAUGCGGAUCCCCUUGCACUUCGGUUAUUGGAAAGAAUGCUAGCAUUUGAUCCCAAGGAUCGACCUUCUGCUGAAGAGGCUCUUGCAGAUCCAUAUUUCAAGAACUUGGCCAGGGUUGAGAGAGAGCCUUCUGCUCAACCAGUUACAAAAAUGGAAUUUGAGUUUGAAAGGCGAAGGGUGACAAAGGAAGAUGUAAGAGAAUUAAUAUAUCGAGAGAUUCUUGAAUACCAUCCAAAGAUGUUGAAAGAGCAUUUAGAGGGCGAAGAACCUACAGGGUUCAUGUAUCCAAGUGCUGUGGACCAAUUCAAGAAGCAAUUUGCUUACCUUGAGGAACGCUAUGGAAAUGGUUGCACCGUUGCUCCACCUGAGAGGCAACAUGCAUCAUCACUUCCCAGGGCUUGUGUAUUAUAUUCGGAUAACUCAGCACAAAAUUCUACGGAGAUCGCAAAUGACCUCACCAAGUGCUGCAUCAAAGAGGCUGAAAAGCCACACAUGGAGAGUACUUCUGGGAUCCCAAUGCCAAGAAUGCCUCUCCAAGUUCCUCCAAGUAUUCAAGCAAGCGGUGCUGCGAGGCCAGGGAAAGUAGUCAGCUCAGUUUUGAGGUACAACAACUGUGGAGCAGAGACUCUUGAACAGCGAAGGAUGGUUCGGAACCCAGCUGCUCCCACCCAGUAUCCUGUUUCUAGCUCUUCAUAUCCAAGGAGAAACCCAAGUGGUAAAAAUGAGAGAGGGGGAGAAGAUGGAGUCGAAGGAUCCAAUGGGCUGCAGCCAAAUCCUCAGUUUAUGGCAAGGAAAGUGGCCGCUGCUCAAGGUGGGUCCGGAGGAAGCCAAUGGUAUUGACUUGUUACUCUAGGUGUUUUGGCUUUUUAGGGGACAGAGAUGCUGGAAUUUCGCAUUCAACUUGUGAUGAAAAUCCGAAAUCACUUACCCUCGAAAAGUUGAUUGGCUCUCAAUUGUAAAUUCCUCAAUCGUGAGGGGAACUUCAGUGGGUGCUACUCUACUCCCGGAGGUUGGAAGGACUAAUUUCAAGCAGUAGACUAACAUAGGAUGAACCACAUAACGUACUAACGUAGUGUUGGCGGCGAUACAUUCAUGAACCAUUAGAGUGUGGAACCCGUGCUGAAUGGAUGUAGUGCUGCCAACAGUUUGAUCCGUUCUAAUUUAUUCUGUAUCGGUAAACUUAUUGAUUUGCUCUUGACUAUUGUUGGUGAAGGUGCUACAGAUUGCUAUUGACAUCAACUGAAUUGUAAAAAAGGGUUCGUUAUGAACUGAGGAGAACAGCCAAUACCAUUUACUUGUGAAGCCCAUACUCAUUUUGUUUCCAUUCUUUGUAGAACAUAUGAAUGCUAGUUACUAUUUGUUCAGCUGGUACGUAUUCUCGUC